AUGCUAAAAGAGAAAGCAACAUCUAAAAAAGCAAAAGCAGUAUCUAAUCAAAAAUAUACUAAACUAAGUGAUGCUGAGAUCAAUACAAUUAUUAAAGAUCAAGGUAGUGUUGAUGAAAAUUCUGAUGCAUUAAUGAUACCAGUUUUACCUAAUCAGAAG